AUGGAUCCGCUUUCACCAGAGGCUUCCGACUCAGAGGAGUCACAUUGGUGGGUGGCUUCAAGUUUUCCCGACCAUCCAGGAGGUGACACGGGAGCAUCUUGGGAUGCUGCCACUGGACCUCUCGCAGAAGAAAAUGCCCUUCAAGGUUUGCCUGAUGAAUCCUGGGGCUCCAUCAUACCGUUUUGUUUCUCGGAGAUCUCUGCCAACACCAACGAGUCUUCAGCCUGCUCCUUCCUCAAGAAGCUCUGGAAGAUCAUCGGCAGCCAUUGCUUCCAGUCAAUCUGGUGGGGCGACGACGGAAACUGCGUCGUGAUCGCAGAAAAACUCUUCAGAAAGGAAGUGCUGGGGAGGAGGGGACCCCUGAAGAUCUUUGAAACCGAGUCCAUGAGAGGCUUCGUUCUCCAACUGAACCUCCACGGCUUCUGCAAAAUGGAAGGGGAUUCCCUCAUAUCCGCCUCCAUCAAGGAGCUGCAAGCAGUAGCAGCAGCAGGGCCUGCUCUGGGCAAGCUGCUCUUCUACUACAACCCCUUUUUUAAGAGAGAUUACCCCGACCUCCUCAGGACGUACAUGGAUGGUGCUGGUGAAGGAGCCCCAGCCGCAUCCCCACCGAGCCCCAAGAGGAAGGAAGACCGCCCAAGAAGACGACGACCUGAUGCUCAGCCGGCGGUAGGAGUGGAGGAGGAGGAGGAGAAGGACACCCAGACGUCUGCAGCCACCAGCUCCACACCCACCGAGCCACGGGCUGACACAGCCGCCCAGACGGGCAGUGCCGGUCCAUCCCCACCAAAACGGCACCGCAGCCACGGCGCCGCCGGCAUCCCGGAGGCGGCUCCUGCUCCAGCCACGGCUUCACCGCGCCGUGUCACCCCCCCUGCCCCAGACAGUCCCUUCCCACCAGCCAUGGGACUCCCCGCACUUCCAUCUGGGCAGGCAAAUUUCGCUGCUGUGCAGGUCCCCGGGGCUGGCCUGCCUCCAUUCUGCGCUCCGUUGUUUGUGAUGGCCAUCCUGGCAGCAGCUUCUGCCAUUCCCAUGCCAGGGCCACCGCACGGCCAAGCUCCAACCCACCGCCAGUGCCCAACCUGCACCUGCGGACCAAACACCGCAGCCGCCGGCAACGGGGCUGGGGCUCACCGGGGGCUGGAGUAG